GUUUAUUAACUUUAAAGCUCGAGUUUGGUGUGCAGUUUGCCGAUCCUAGGGUUCGAACAGAAUUUCCUCCCAACUUCUCAGGUGAAGCCCUAAUUCCCUUUUGAACUCACUAACUCAUCCAUAUUUUAUAUUUCUCGCGAUUUCAGGCAUUCCGGGUGUAGGUUAUUGUUGUUAUGCAAUCAUACUUUGAUGCAGUAGCGCACUUGCCAUUUAAUUCUUUGUGAGAUGGAGACGAACCCGGUGAAGAAGAAGCUUUAUCAUGGGACGAACUCUGAUGAGUCAGAUAGAAUUUCUAACUUACCUGAUUCAAUUAAGCAGCACAUACUUUCAUUUGUGAACACUAGGGAAGCUGUUAGAACUAGCAUUUUGUCAAGCAGUUGGCGGGCAUUGUCGGAAAGCCUGCCCACUAUAGAUUUUCCUUGGUCCUGCUUUUUUUCAUCUGCAAUGAAUGAUCCUUUGCCCGAUUGCGAUGAUAAGGAUGAUGCCCAUAAAGCGAAGAGGGAGUUGAUUCUUAGGGUGAGGAGAAGUUUUUAUGCCUUUCUUGAUCGAGCGUUAGGAUCUCAAAUGGAUAUGGAUAAGCUUCAUCUGUGCUUCCAAGGUUUUGAUUUGGAGUUGAUAUCUUGCAUGGAUGGUUGGCUUGCUGGUGUUGUUAGGCGCCGUGUCAAAGAGUUGAGAUUGGAAUUCGGUUACUCUGUCAGUGAUCCUAGAUAUAGUUUUCCCAAGAGUGUUUUCCUCCCCAAAGGCAUCAAGAGAUUGAGAUUGGUAAAUUGUGGGUUGAGCUCAUCAUGUUUGGUGGAUGGCCAAUUACCUCGUUUGCAAGAAAUACACCUUCAAGAUGUCAGUGCAGACGAUGUGUUCCUGGCGAAUUUGCUUGCUAGUUGCCCUAACCUUGAAAAUUUAACUCUGAGAAGCUGUUCCGGAUUGACGAGGCUGGAAAUCUUCUGUCUUUUUAAACUAAAAACAAUGGUUUUUGAACACUAUGAGAAAGAAAUGAAAGUGAUUACAAUUGAGGCACCCAAUCUUUGUGAGUUUUAUUUUACGUUUAAUGGCAGAUUUGAAUCUAAAUUUAAUAUCGGGGCUUGUAAGAAUUUGGAAGUGCUGGUACUAUAUGGCUACCAGUUGGAUGACUAUGGCCUGGCUGACAUUCUGAAUAAUCACCUGAUGCUCAAACGUCUAUCACUGAAUAGAUGUCAUACUUUACAUCAAACUGUGGUUUCGAGUCAAAGUCUGGUCGAAUUCAUUUGUUUUAGGUGUAAGGCUUUGACAAAGGUUAUAAUUGAUGCACCCAACCUCAAAUUCUUCUUACAUGAUGGAAUAGAUCCUACAACCUUUGUGUGCAAGGGUCCAAAUUUCAAGUUGAGAUAUGCUUCCAUCCACUUGAUACCUAAGAAUCGAGAAAAAGUGUGGUUUAAUGGACUACUUAAAUUUCUUGCAAAGCUAUGUUGGACUGAAAGUUUGUCGCUUUGUGUGUAUAACAAAAAGGAUGUGAUUAUUCCGGAGACGCUGAGGAUGAAACGUCAUCCUCCCCUGUAUUCUGUCAAGCAUUUAAAGAUAGAGUUCCGCUAUUCCACAUUGAAGCAUCUUGUUGAAGUGAUCCAGUCCCUAUUGUGGCUUGCUCCUUGUCCAGAAACUAUAUCCAUAAGCAGGUCGCCUCUCAAAAAGAAACUCAAGUUCACAUAUGAAAAGCCAUUGAAGGGCAAGAAGAAAUGCGGUUGUUGGAAGUAUCUGUCUGUAAACUGUUGGAAGCACUCUCUUGUCAAAGUCCUUAUUGAGAGUACAAGAGGACUUGAAGAUGAUGAUACAGAGCUUGCAAAUUUCUUUCGCAAGGAAAGGAAUGACGUGAAGAUCGAGUGCUUCUCUGAGAGCACAUGUGAUUCAGAAUGGUAGCCGGACUUCUCUUGUUUCUCCACUGCUAUAUUUUUCAGGUUACAAGUUAUCUUUUGGCAUGCAUAUGUUUUUCCAUGAUCAUGAACAACUUAAUCUGAAGCAUUAGGAUAGGGCUUGCAGCUUUAUUAGGGAAGAUGGUGUAGGCCAUUGGUAGUAUUGAGAGAAAAUGUGAUUUUUGUUUCAUCCAUUUUUUCAUACUCCAUAUUAUUUAUCCAAGUAGUCAACUCUGUUCAGUCCAUAUAAAUUUUGAAUGUUUUA